AUGGAUGUGCGCGCACGAUUGGCCAAUGGCGACCUUUGGGCCAAAUUUCAUUCCAACACCACUGAAAUGGUGGUGACAAAAACUGGAAGGAAAAUGUUCCCCAAAUUGGAGUACAUAAUAGAAGGGCUGGAUCCGAAUCACGCCUAUGGUCUCGUCCUUCAAAUUGAACAAGUCGAUGACAACAGGUACGUCCGUUCUACAUUUUUAGCACCCUCUUUAUCAUUUUCUUCAUGCUUCGCUUGCCCUUUCUGCUUCCCUACCCUAACGACUUUUCUAGUAUGGAGGUACAAUAGAAACAAGGUUUUUGAUUGA